UUCCCAGGGGCAGUUGGCGGAAGAGAUCGCGCUCUCUGGUCGCCGGCUCGCUUUCUGCCGGGAGUUCUCGCGGCCUGCGUUUCAGCGUCUGCUCGCGGUCUGGGGUCCAUUUGCCGGCGCUCCCGUUGCCUCCUUCACCCGACUGGGCCACAGCCAGGCGGCCCCCUCUCCUGACGGCUUUCCAUGGAGUAAGGUCCCGGACCGUUGUCCCGAAGAGCGAGAUCGAGCUUGGCCCCCUCCCCCCUCCCUUCUCCUUCCCUCCUUCCGCCGCAACAUGGCUAACAACAGCCCGGCGCUGACAGGCAACUCACACCCGCAGCACCAGGCGGCCGCAGCCGCGGCCCAGCAACAGCAACAGUGCGGCGGCGGCGGCACCACCAAGCCGGCGGUCUCGGGCAAGCAAGGCAAUGUGCUGCCGCUGUGGGGCAACGAGAAGACCAUGAACCUCAACCCCAUGAUCUUGACCAACAUCCUGUCGUCGCCUUACUUCAAAGUACAGCUCUACGAGCUCAAGACCUACCACGAGGUGGUGGACGAGAUCUACUUUAAGGUCACUCAUGUUGAACCGUGGGAGAAAGGAAGCAGGAAAACAGCAGGCCAGACUGGGAUGUGCGGAGGGGUUCGAGGUGUUGGAACAGGAGGAAUUGUUUCUACAGCUUUUUGCCUAUUAUACAAAUUAUUUACUCUGAAGUUAACUCGUAAGCAAGUGAUGGGUCUCAUAACACACACAGACUCUCCAUAUAUUAGAGCCCUUGGAUUUAUGUAUAUAAGGUACACACAGCCCCCUACAGAUCUAUGGGACUGGUUUGAAUCUUUCCUUGAUGAUGAAGAGGACCUAGAUGUGAAGGCUGGCGGAGGCUGUGUAAUGACCAUUGGAGAAAUGCUACGGUCUUUUCUUACAAAACUGGAGUGGUUUUCUACCUUGUUUCCAAGAAUUCCAGUUCCAGUUCAGAAGAAUAUUGAUCAACAGAUUAAAACUCGACCUAGAAAAAUCAAGAAAGAUGGGAAAGAAGGCGCUGAGGAAAUAGACAGACAUGUUGAACGCAGACGUUCAAGGUCUCCAAGAAGAUCGCCAAGUCCACGGAGGUCCCCAAGAAGAUCGAGAAGUAGAAGCCAUCAUCGAGAGGGCCAUGGAUCUUCUAGUUUCGACAGAGAAUUAGAAAGAGAGAAAGAACGGCAGCGACUAGAACGUGAAGCCAAAGAAAGGGAGAAAGAAAGGCGAAGAUCCAGAAGUAUUGAUCGGGGUGUGGAACGCAGGCGCAGUAGGAGUAGGGAAAGGCAUAGAAGUCGCAGUCGAAGUCGUGAUAGGAAAGGGGAUAGAAGGGACAGGGAUCGAGAAAGAGAGAAAGAAAAUGAGAGGGGUAGAAGACGAGACCGUGACUAUGAUAAGGACCGAGGUAAUGACCGAGAAAAGGAGAGAGAGCGAUCAAGAGAACGGUCCAAGGAACGAAGAAGUAGAGGUGAGGUAGAAGAGAAGAAACAUAAGGAUGACAAAGAUGAUAGGCGGCAUAGAGAUGACAAAAAUUCCAAGAAAGAGAAAAAACAUAGUAGAAGUAGAAGCAGAGAGAGGAAACACAGAAGUAGGAGUAGAAGUAGAAAUGCAGGAAAGCGGAGUAGAAGCAGGAGCAAAGAGAAAUCAAGUAAACAUAAAAAUGAAAGUAAAGAAAAAUCAAAUAAACGAAGUAGAAGUGGCAGUCAAGGAAGAACUGACAGUAUUGAAAAGUCAAAAAAACGGGAAUAUAGCCCCAGCAAAGAAAAAUCUAGAAAGCGUAGCAAAAGCAAAGAACGUUCCCACAAACGAGAUCACAGUGAUAGUAAGGACCAGUCAGACAAACAUGAUCAUCGAAGGAGCCAAAGUAUAGAACAAGAGAGCCAAGAAAAACAACAUAAAAACAAAGAUGAGACUGUGUGAAAAUUUUUUGUAAAAGUGGAUCACAUUGAAUCCUAUAAAUGUUUGAUUAAAUCUGCUUUUUCCCCCCCGAGUUGAGAUUGUGCAGUAGUUACACACUCUUCAAGCUCCCUGUAGGCUGCAUUUUCAUUUCCUCUUUUGUGUAGGGAAGUGCCUUUGUAAUCCCAUUUAUUGCAUUGUUGUUUUCACCUAAGUGUUGAGUUUGACACAUGAUGCACAGAUUGUUCUUGCAUUCUCAAUGUUUAUUUUUGUUGGUUUUGUUUGAUUUUUGUUUUUUUGAAAUGUACAGUCUGUACAUAUGUCCCGAAAAUGUUUUAAUUCCUUUGGCAUGGUUGCCAUGUUGGUUAAAUUUGUAUAAGGCAAUAAACUGCCACUAAUUCUUUUUUUUUUUUUUUUUUUUUGGGUAGGUGUGGGAUUAUGGUUUGUAUACUGAAGUUAGCAUGUCUGUGCUUUUCGUAAUAGAAUGCUAAAGACUUUGAGAAUGAUUCUUGGAUGUGUAUUAUAGGAGAAUUAUCUGUGUGCAUUCAGUGUACAUGAAGGCAGCAUUGUAGGAUUAACAUUCUUGUCCACUGUAUAUUAUCUUGGAAGGCUCUUGUUACUAUGUUACACUUAUAUUCGCUGCAGUUACCUUUAGAGAGAAUUUAUGAGAAGUUAGUUUCUGAAGCAGAGGUUUAAAUUAGGCUGUGAUUUGAUCAAAAGUCCUUUUAGCAUUCUACCUCAAAGGGACACUGUUAGUAUGCCUAAAAUUUAUUCACUUAGUUUUCCUUUUUUAUUUGAAAAGAUACAUGACAUGUAAUCUUUUUUUUUCCUUGGAUUAUCAAAUUUUAAAGUACUAUAUUAAAAAAUUAAUGCCUAAAUCCUAGCAUUCUUGCAGCAACCCUGUACUAACGUGAAAUUUGGAGAGGGUGGGACAGAUGAGUAGAGAAACAGAUUCAAGCCUCAAGCUUCCAAAGCGUUUUUAUAAAUGGAAAAUACUUAAAUUAUGAAACAGCUUGAUAAUGUCUUUUUUUAAAAGUCAAAACUUUUUUUAUUGAUAAUGAAGACUGCUGUUUGAGUUUUUAAACUUAAUCUAGAACAGAGAAAUAUUAAAGAGUAAUGCUAUGCUGCAUUAUUUAAGACUAUCAGCAAAUUAUUUGAUAGAUUGUUCUUAUGACUUGUAUUCUGAUUACGGAGACCCAUCAUGAGUGUGGAAUAAAUGCUGGAUUAAAUCCUUUAUCCUGGGUGUUGGCUUUUCCCCCUUUUGUUAAAAAUUUUUAAGAAGUAUUUUCACAUGGGAAGUGAUGAAAUGAUCUAUAGAGGGAUAGAUAUCUCAGUGCCCAGAUGAUGGUGAAUUUUAAAAAUAAACAUGUAGAGCAGAACUGGACAUAAUGUGAUGGUCCUUAGGAGCGUUCUUAAUAAUGGCAGCUUUCCUUGUUGGUGUGAUACUAGGCUGAUAACUUCGAUUAAUUUAUUUACUUUUCACUUGGGUUACACUAUAGACUCAUUUAAAAAUUGGACUUGAAGGAUAUUUUGUAAGAUAACUCAUCCAAUUCAUUCAUUUUACACAGAAAAUAAAGUCCCAAAGUGGUUACGUUCAGUCAGGGCCAGGAAUAAAAUUGUUAGUCAGUGAUCUUUUUGGUAUACCAUGUUGACAUUUGUUUUAUCCCACUAGUUAUAUUGGUCAAGUGAUGAGUACUCAUAGGCCACACUGUGAAAGUAUUAAACAGCACAGCAAACAAGAAUACCUGCAAAAGUUCUCCACAUGUGGCCUUGACAUCCUAUUUAAUUCCAUUUCAGAAGAAAUAAAUGAAGGGAUUCCUCU